AUGAAUGCGGAGGACUCCUCCCCGCACCAGCGGCAACGGUUUGGAUCUACCAGGUCGCGCAAGGGCUGCAUUACGUGUCGGAUCCGUCGCGUCAAAUGUGAUGAACGCAAGCCGGCUUGUCUUCGAUGUACAAGUACGAACCGGAAGUGUGAUGGUUAUAUGACCAUGCCUUAUUCGAUACGCAUCGCAAAGCAAUUGGCACAAGUAACUGCGUUUGUCAGUCCGGCUGAGUCCCGAGCCCUCGAGUUCUUCUUUCGCAAGUCUGCAGCGCAUCUGGCCGGUUACUUCACUGCUUCGUUCUGGACCCGCACGGUUUUACAGCUCAGCCUGACAGAACCUACGAUCCGCCAAGCUAUUGCUGCGAUUGGGUUUCUGUAUGAAGCGGAGGGGAUGUCUACGACUCCGGCAAUGGCAGAACGUUGGCAAUCUUCCAAGUCCGACUUGGCACUACAUCUUUAUAACCGGGCCAUCCGCACCACCAUUGAUAAGGUUUCAUCAGGCAUAGACGCUGUGCCCCUAGUCAUAGCAGCCAGCAUUUUAUUCGCAUCCCUCGAGUUUCUCCGAGGAAAUGCUACCGGGGUUACAUCGCAUAUCACAAGCGGGCUGAACCUGGUGCGGUCCUGGCGGGCGCAUCGAGAGCGAUCCGGCUGCACCAAGAGCUCUCAGACACAUUGGGUGGAUGCUGAAUUGGCCCCUAUAUUGAACUCUUUCUCUUUGAAUACAUACGAGAAGUCGGCACUCAAACACCUCGUCAGUGCGCCACAAGAAAAAGUACAUGUCAAUCCCGUAGAUGCUCAAGGAAAGCUUUUAUUGAACUGGCGGUUCCGAACAUUCCAUCAGGCACGCAUCGCCCUCCUCGACUUGAUGCUUUACUACAUCGGAAAAUUCCCCGACCGGCAAGAGUUGGCCAGACUGACGAACCUCCCGCACUCACCCGUACAGCAAUGGGCCGAAACUUUUGAGCAUGCCGCCCAACGAUGGGUGGCAAGCUUUGAAUUGCUAGUGCAGCGGAAGCAGUCGGAAUGCGGGCCGGCCAUAAAAAACGAGAUUGAUGCUACUCGCAUGUUCUGGUAUUGUUACCGUUUAGGACUUGAUCGGUAUCGUGUGGCCAAUGAAUCCGGCUGGGAUGACUUCCGCACUGUCUACGAGGAUAUUGUCUCAAUUGCCGAGCGUCUGCUCAGUGACUCAGACCGCUACCCGGAUGAUGUCUCCAAAACGAUAAAUCUGGACGUACAGCUGUUGUAUCCGUUGCAGGCUGUCGCCUGGAAAUGCCGCUGGCCGGACCUUCGCCGUCGAGCCCUGGAUCUGCUACAACGGAUUCCUAAGCAAGAACUGAUCUUCUAUACCCCAAACUAUCACGCCGUUUGCACACGGAUCAUGGAGCUUGAGGAGGGUACAUUGUACAAAGAGAUGCUUCCCCCAGAUCACGCCCGUAUCUACAGAUUUGUCAUUAGCCCUACUCCUGCGACGACGGCUGAUCACCCUGUUUACUCCAUCACGUUUACCACUUUUCCACAGGGCCGAAGUAGCGAGCCACACUUUCACACAGAAUCGCUCUGGCUUCACCCCUCGCAAGCGGGGGUCACGACAACUGUGCCACCUGUUGAUAUGAUGAAACGCCGUGACUGGCCACCGGUCGCCCGAACGGAUGCUCACCUGCAACAUGUUUUGUGUGGAUAA